CAUGGAGGAGAGAAGAGGAUUACAGCAGGACUGCACAAAUAUGUCUGUUUCCUCACUCUGGAUCCAAAUACAGCACACCCUGAACUCAAACUGUCUGAGGAGAACAGAAGGAUGACCCGAGUGAGAGAGUGGCAGCCGUAUCCUGAUCAUCCAGACAGAUUUGAUCAUCCUCAGGUGUUGUGCAGAGAGAGUGUGUGUGGACGCUGUUACUGGGAGAUUGAGAAGAUUGGAAAUGAUGUGGAUAUAGCAGUGUCAUAUAAGAGCAUCAGGAGGAAGAGAGGAGGUAUAGAGAAUGUGUUUGGACAAAAUGCUCAGUCCUGGAAUUUAAUCUGCUCUCCCUCCAGUUUCUCAUUCAGACACAAUCACACACAGACUCGUCUCCCAGUGGAGGCGCUCAGCAGGAGAAUAGGAGUGUUUGUGGAUCACAGUGCAGGAACUCUGAUCUUCUACAACAUCACUGGAGACACAAUGAGCCUCAUCCACUCAGUCCAGACCACAUUCACUGAGCCGCUCUAUCCUGGGUUCUGGGCUCACUAUGGAUCAUCAGUGAAACUGAGAUGAAGACUGAAGAGAGAUUUACCCAGAAUCCUCUGCAGGAUCAGUCAGCAGCAGUGAGAUGAGCUGCAGUCUCUUCUCUCUCUGUGUGUGUGUGUGUGUGUGUGUGUGUGUGUGUGUGUGUGUGUGUGUCAUCAGCUCAGUAGCCAAAGCUUCUUCAUUGUGUUUUAUUCUCCUAAAACUGUUCAGAUGUCAGAAUUGAAGAGUGCAGAUCAGCUCAACUCUUCCUGUCCUGAAUAUCAUCUGAUACUGUUCAAUAUCAGCACUGACGCUGAGUCAUUCUUAUUAAACAUUCAUACUCUUAUGCUUAAUGAAAUGCUUUAUGACUGAAGCCUCAUAGUGGUGCAGUAUUUUCAGUAAUGUUCAUGUCUAUUUCUGCUGUAAUCUUCCAUCUAUAGUGUUAAAGAAGCUGAAUACUGUGUUCUGCAGUUGAUCCAUCAUCACUGUGGUCAUCUGAGUAAUUCUGCUUCAUCUGAGCAUUAUUGUUUUACUGUACUGAUGUGAAAUUAGCUUUAUGUGUUCCUCCAUCUUCAUCCGUCUUGCUGUGUUUUCUGGUCAUCAGAUAAGCAGAUCAGCUCUGUAGUGAAGUGAGGAGGUGUUCAGUCUGUCAGCUGAAGUCCAGCUCUUCCUGCCCCAUGAGCAGUUUAUAAGAGUCAUUCAUGUGUGUUGAAUCAGAUCAGUCGACUGUUCAAUGUGUAAACGUAGAGUCCAGACUGAGUUCAUCUACUAAAUGUGACUAAUAGUGUGUCAUUUCCCCAGUUCUAGUGGAGCUCUACCAGCUCUGUGCCUCUGAUUCUUCAAUAUGAGAGAAUCAUUCAGUCUGUCAGAGCUUCAGCCUCCACUAAACCACCAUUGAUUUAUUUUACUCCUGAUUAUCAGUGAGUUAUUCUGUUAUUAUCUGCUUUAUUUGUAGCUGUGAAAGAGAAACUGAUCCUCAAUAAAGCUCAUGUUUCAUGAAAAA